CUAUAUAUAACCAUUAAAUAUACUCUUGGAAAUUGCAUAAAAUUAGGAAUUCAUGACAAAAACACGCGUAAAUCAGUGUUAUUAGUGUUUAUAUUUUGAUGAUUUCUUAACUUUUUACGAUUUUUAAGUGUAAAUUUAAUGUUUAUAUGUAUUAAUCCAUUAACAUUUUAAACACCAAUUUAAAAUUUGAACACAAGGAUUUAUUAAUGGCAAGUAGAGUAAACAAUGAAUGGAUAAAAAUAUUAAUUAUAGUCCUACCGGAUUAGUACAGAAAAUAAAAUCAAAAAAAUCGGUUUUGACAAAUGGGAUAUGAGAUAACUAUCCAAGAUUAGAAUACUCGUAUUUGGUAUUAACCAAAAAUACCAAAAAAUAUAGGGCAUUUUAGUAAAUUCAAUAAAAAAAAUUGAACAGUGUUACAGCGCAGUAAAAAAGAAAAGGGGUAAAUUCGAGAAAGUCAAGAAAUGAAAGAACAGAAAGAUUUGGGCUACAAAAUGGUGAGUCAGAUUUCAUAAAGUGAUAAAACUGAAAAUAGGAACAAAAUCAAAAAAAUAAAACUCCGUAUAAAUCUAAACAUCGGACGGCUGAGAUUGACUAACACCAUAGAUCGAAAGGUCAAAGUUGAAAGACAAGAUAUAGUUAGUUGAAGGUUCAUUUCACUACUAUAUACAUACCCAUACCCACACGCUCACCCUUUCUCUUUCUUCAUCUUCUCCAUCUCUCUCCAUCAUCAGGUCCCCUGCCCCCACCUUUAACAAAAAAAAAAAAAAAAAACGAAUUGAAUAUUCUUCUGUCAAAAUCCCUUUUAAUAAAUAAAAAUUAAAUAUAAAUACAAAAUAAAGCACAAAUUUGGCUUCGUCUUCGUUAUGGUAUGAUAUUUAUUUCUCUCCCAUUUUUUGUAUAAUUUUGAUAUUAAUUGUUAUUAUUAUUAUAAUUAUGGUGUUGAUUCGAUUUUGAAGGAGUAUUCGUUAGUAUUCGGAUCCUGAAACUGGGAAGAUCGGAUCCAGUGCACUUUCUUUCUCUUUUUUCCUCCGGUAAACCACGUCAUUUCAGGUUUUCUUUCGUUUUAUUUGAUUCAUUGUAUUACGACGAAAACGACGUCGUAAUCUGGUGUUUAUCCGGCGACAGGUGGCAGUAUUAAGUGAAGCUUCAAGGAGGAGAGAGAAACAGAAAGAGAAAGAGAAGUGUGGGAUGGUAUUGAGUGGAGUCCAAGACAAUCGUAGUAUUUGAAGCAAAUUCAUUCUAAAAAAAAAGGAAUUUAUUGUGUAAAAAAAUAAAGGGGAAUUGAAGAUUAUUGAAGGUUUCUGGAAAUGUCAUCGUCAAAUUCACCGUGUGCAGCGUGCAAAUUUCUAAGGAGAAAAUGUACGCAAGAAUGUGUGUUCGCGCCAUACUUUCCGCCGGAUCAACCUCAACGAUUCUCGAAUGUUCAUAAGGUGUUUGGUGCUAGUAAUGUUGCAAAGCUUCUGAAUGACUUGGAUGCUACACAGAGGGAGGAUGCUGUUAAUUCGUUGGCGUACGAGGCGGAGGCGAGGCUGCGUGACCCGGUGUAUGGUUGUGUAGGACUUAUCUCGCUUCUGCAGCACCGGUUGAAGCAAGUUCAGACUGAUCUGUAUUCUGCUAAGAAGGAAUUAGCUACUUAUAUUGGGCCCACUGCGCUUAUGCCUAUGAUUCAGCCUGGUUAUGCUAACCCGGGUUCGUCUUCUGCUGUUAAUUUGAUGCAGCAGCAGUAUCAUAUGGGUCCUAUGAUGGGUAUUCCUACUGGGGUUGCUGCUGCUGGUCCCGGUCCGUCUCAUGCUGGGGCACUUAUGAUCAGAGAGCCGCAGCCUCAGCCACAGCCGCAACAACAGCACCAACAUCAGCAGCAACAGCAGCAACAACAGCAGCAACAGCAGUUGAUUGAGGUACAACAACAGCAACAGUUGGCAGCAUUGGCGGUGAGAGAUGAGCAGGAGUUGUUAAGAAACUGGGAACUACAACAGCAGCAACAGCAACAGCAACAACAACAACAGUUUAUGAGGUAUACUGGUGGCGGUGGUGGGUACGAGGGAGCACUGGUUAUUGCUGGUGGUAGCGGAGGAGGAGGGUUCAAUCAGGCGGGGCCUUCAUCGGGUGCUGUAUCACCGUCUUUGGCUCUUGGGGCUGCCACAUUCGAUCCAAACCCGUAUGCUCAGAUUCAACAACAGCAGCCACCACCACAGCAGCAACCGCCGCAAGAUGAUCAGUCAUUAGGGCAGCUGUUACUCCUUCAGCAGCCAGUAACACCACAACAACCGCAACAGGAACAUUUAGAAUUGGGUCAAGGAAUUUCUCAUCAUGAACAACUUCCUCAACAACAUUUACACCCUCUUCUUCAAUCUCAACAUCAUCAUUUUCAUCAGCAACCCAUUGAACAUAAUCCGCAGCAACAACAACAACACCAACAACAACCGCAACAGCCCGGAAUCGAUGAAGGUGGUGGUAGGACUCUUGGUCCAACUUUGUAGAGGAAAAGAAUGCACAUUCUGGAGCUCAUUAGUUUGAUUUUAGUACUUGCUAGCUAUAACAAGCUCAUCUGAUCUCUUGAACAAAAUUCAGUCCCUAGCUCAGUUGAUGCAUGAUUAGAUGCAGUAUUAUAAUACACAAGGAAGAGUUGACCAAUGACAGUAGAAACAGAGGUGAAGCAGGAGUUCUUAGACAUUAAACAUCUGAUUUCUAAUUACCAUAAUAUUUUUGUAAGUCCAUAGAAUUUUUUUUUCUUAUAUUUUUUUUAGUCUUUUUUUUUUUUUAAAAAAAAAAAUUUCCGGGCGGAUUGGAGGGUGGUAAGAAGAGAGCAUAGAAAUUGAGGUAUAUUCAAGAAAUGUAGGUUGGCAUAUGGAUAAAAUUUUGUUCCCAUUUACUAUAAAUAUUGAGUACAGUUCUUUCUUUCCUUCUUUCUCUGUUGAAACUAAAUAGUUUUCAGCUCAAUCUUAUGGCUAGGAAACGAUACAGUCUGUUCUAUGUUAUGGCAGCCAUCUAAUUGUCUAAAUUUACUUUUUAUUAAAUGUCAUUAGUGGUCAUGAUCAUCUUAUAAGUUUUACUUUAUUUAUGCACAUGAUGCAGUUGUACGAUAAAUAUUAGUUGAUGACUAUUAGUAACAAGGUUUAAUCCACGGAGAUAUCCCGUCUAAUGAAUGUAUCUUACGUACCAAGUAACAUAUACGGAUUAUUACUAGCUUUGUAUAAUCCAAUCGAGCUACUUCGUGUAUGUAAUGUAUGGAAGUAUAUUUUGUAAUGUCAAUUGCAUAUGCAGGCCCGUAGAAGGCCAUGUGCAAGGUGCCCCUUAGCACAGGGCCCCAAUUUAAGGGGCCCAAUUUUUUUUCCAAUCAUUAAUUUUUAAAAAAAAAAUAAAAAAAAUAUUGUUUUUAUCACCAGAAGACAGCAAAGAGGAAGGAGAAGCAACACUACAACAUUCACGCAUUCAACUUUCCCAAUUCCCAUAAUCCCAUUCAAUCAAUUCAGCCUUCCAUAUUAAUUUCUCCAUGUUUCCAAAUUCCUCCCUAAUUACAUCAAUCAUGGAAAAUUGUAUUGCACAUUUUCCCAGAAUUUCAACGGAAAAAAAAAAAAAAA